AUGGAUCACUCGGUACAAGCUAAAGUCGACGGGGACGUGACGACACGCGCACGUGUAGUCGUAUUCACAGUCGAACUAUUCAACAAAAACGGCGGCAAGGUCCCGUCAGAUUAUUGGUAGGUAUGUAGGUUAUAAUAUAUAACUGUGUAAGAUUAUAAAUUUUCGAAAUUAGUUACUAUUUAUGUCCUGUUAAAUUGCUUUAAUUAUUUAUUAAAUAAAAUAAUGAUUUCAGGUAUUGCGCGUGAAAUGUAAAUUAUUCAAUGCAUGUUUAUUAAAUAACUAUUUAAUUUUGAGAAAUACGUUAGGUAAAUUUUACAUUAUUUCUUAGUACCCUAACAUUUAAUAUUUUUUUAGGUUUUCCAGAUUGAGCAACAUCCAUCCAUUUACAAAGUCACCAUAGUCCUCAGAUUAAUGCAUCGCAAGACACAGUAGGUAAUCAGUAUGCCCAGUUAUGAUAUAAGUAACUUUUAUAUUAAAUUGGUAUCUGUAACUGCACAUAAUUCAAUUAUCCAUGAUGAGAAAAAUAAUAUAUCUAUGCUAAUUGUUCUCUAGAUGCUUUUAAUUUUUAUAAAGAAAAAAUUUUAAUUAAUGAACAAGAAUCUGUAAAUCUGUGUAAUAGUACAUUGUCUCAAGUAUGGCCGUUAUGGCAUAUGUCUCAUCAAUUGAGAAUUACAGGUAUAUAUCAGCUUUUAAAUUAUUUAUUUAUUUUCGUAGGGCACUGCCAAAUAAAAAUAUUAAUUUAAAAUUGAAAUCCUUAUUGUUUUCAAGGUUUUAUGGGAAUAAUGCUACUAAAUAUGCAAUGGAAAAUAAACCGUUGACUAUUAAAACUUUUGAAAAAUUAAAAAACAUUACUCUUAUUAAAUCUGGUUUUAUUGUUAAUAUUCAUUGUCCUUGGUUAGGAUAUAGUUUACUUGGACAUUUUACAUGUGAUGAUCAAAUUUAUUUAAUUGAAAUCAUGUGUCCGUCCAAAAGUAUUAUUACCAGAUUUCAAGUCUUUGCAAUGUAUUUAUAAACGAAUUGCAGCAAACAAAUUAAAAUUCCUUAAAAGCUCAAAAGUUUUGAUGAUGAUACCAUAAGAAAGAAAAUCAAAAAGACAACAAAAAAGGUAUCUUGUGAUUUUUCAAUAAAAUCAUUUUUUCUGGUAGAAAAUGUCGUCCGUGUUUUUAUAAAAUAAUGAAAUCGUGAAAUUGUAUGUUUUCCUAUCUUUUUUACCCGCUUAAGUGCUUUUAUUUAAAAAAUUGCGUCGAAAAUCAGAAAAUAACUUGUUUAAAGUACAAUCUAAACAACCUGAGCUUUCAGAAAAGUUGCUACACGUAAAAAAACUGGAACAAGUUUACUAGAAAAAACGUGUCCACAGACUAGAAAAAAUAAACAUUUUAAAAACCAAUAGCUCCCUUGAUACGCUCGGAAACUAAAAUAAUUGUUUUCGUAAAGUUUUUUACGUAUUUUACGGUUUUGCUCAAUCAUUAAAAAAACUACAAAGAAAAUCAAAAAAACGGCUUUCUUGUUCACCAAGUAGUUUAAAAAUUCAACAAAAUAGAUCUAUUAAUGUUUUUUAAGUGAAACAAUAUUUAUGAUUGAAAACAUAUGCCGUCCAAAUUUAUAAAAAUAAAACUAUUGGAAUUGGGAAAAAAUUGUAUAUUUUGUCUUUUUCGGAUUUUCCCAAUUAUUAUAAAAACUACUUUGGCUAUCGAAAAACAAUUAUCUUUGUGAGAGAAAACGAUCACUGGUGCCGAACACUUACUUUAAGUAGUUCAAUUGAACUGCCCUUAAAAUGGGUAAGUAGGUCAUGCAAAUAGUCCUAACGUUGCUUUUUUAUACAAAAAAAUAAUGAAAAUUAUUUUUAUUUAAUUAGAUACAGUAUACUUACUUGUCAAAAGAUGGCUGAUUAAGGGAUUAGUUUAAUGAAUAUGAUUUACAACCACUGGUUUAAAGUUAUAAAUUGAGACGUUUAUUUACUUCCUAACUUAAUGAACAAAGACACUAUCGAUAGACUUUUAAUAGCUAUUACUUUAUUAGUAUUAGUGUUGUCGAACAACUUCUAGCUGUUUUUUUUUUUAAAAAAACAUGGAACUACCAAAUUAUCAAUGCCAUUUUUGACAGAUUAACAGAUUUUAAUUUACAUGGUAAUUCGUUAAAAAUGCUUUCAUUUGAUACAAAUACCGUGAAUAGUGACCAAAAGGGAGGUACUUGUGGCUUACUGAAACAACUUUCAGAAAAAAAUGUACAUUUUCCUCACCAUAUAUUUGAAAUUAUUCUUCGGAAUAUUUUUGAUAAUAAAAUUAAUAAAACAACUAGCGAAAAAGUGCCAAUUUUUAAAAGAUUUCAGUUGAUUUGAAAUAAUUUAAACAAACAAAAUUACUACUAUAACAAAACGAAAUUAAUACAUGACAAGACAAAUUAUCUCAGUAACGCUAUUCACAUAUAAAUUAGUAUAGCUAUAAAAAUAAAAAAUAUGCUUUCUAGGGAUUGGUAAAAUAGAAGAAAUGGGUGGAUUAUUAAGAUUUGAACUGCCUGCUCUAACAUCACUCGGCGCCAUUGAGCACACCGAGUAA